CCGCGGCGCGCGCCGCUUUCCAGCCGUUCUCCUCGUCGCCACCUCUCGUCUCUCUAGCUAUAUAUCGCACCACACGCUCGCACCAUGGCCGGCAUGCACAGCGCGCGGAGCCGUCAGCUUGUCACCUCGAUCAGCUCCCUAGACGCACACCAUGGCUCGAGGAGACGAUGCCGCCGCCUGCCGCUGCAGUCUCUCCCUGCUGCCUCCACGCUUCUUCCUCCUCGUCCUCGUCGCCACUCUCACCGUGGUUUUGGUGGCGGCGCCGCCGUCGGCGAGGGCGGCCUGGGUGGAGGAUUACCCGUCGGGGGUGCCGUGCGGCGUGACGAUCCCGGUGGAGCAGUGCGACCCGGGCGACGCGGCCGCCAACAGCGCCUGCAUGGACGUGUGCCACUACGGCGGGUGCCGGCGCGGCGGCCGCUGCGUCUCUCUCGGCUUCGCCAGGGGCCGCGGCUGCCAUUGCAAGUGCUAGCUCAUCGAUCCAGCCCGCCGUCUCCAGCUAGCUAAUAGUUUCCCUGUUCUUCGCGGCUUUUUUCCACUCUGUACUUGAGUUGGUACUUGGUAGCAGAGUAGUACGAUCGGUGUAUUGAGGUGUUUGCACCUGCACAGUCGGUUGCUUUUGUUUGUUCCUGCGUUUUUUUUUUUGUGUGUGCAUGCACUGCACAGCCUGAGCUAGCUAAGCAUCGGCACUGAGAAAAGAAACGCCAGGUGCCUUUUGUUCACUCCCUUGUCUUUUGGCUUUCCUUUUUAGCAACCUCAUGCUGCCAACUGCGACCUACAAUUAUCAAACCAACAGCCUAUAUGUCCUUGUGACUUUUGCUAUGUUGUUUGUA